UAACACGGUCCGUGUUCAACAGUUUCUUUCUGAUACUGGUGCGUUUAACUCGUGCAAAUAAGAUUAGUUACGUUCGAUUAAAAUUUAAUUGCCAAUUCUUAUUGGGGGAAAGUAAUAAUGGGUCGUAAAAUUAAUUUUACUGAAAAACCCAAGAAAGGCCCGGGUAGAAAAUCUAAAAAACAAAAAGAUCCCACCUUUUCGAAAGAGUUUUUGAAAGAGAAAACAGAGCUGAAGAAACUAUCCCGUAAGCAGAUAAUACGGGCCAAAAAACGAGAGCAAGCAAAAAUUAAAAAUCAAGAGUCCAAAGCUAAGACUGAUGUUGAAGAUGCAAAGUCAAAAAAAGCUAGCCAUAAUGAAAAAUACACGAGUAAUAAAGAACACGACGCGCAAGAUGACAGUUUUCAUUCACUGCCAGCCAAGAUGGACUUACAAAAAAGCCGAGAAAAAUACGCCAAAGUAACUGAAAAAAGUAAUUCGGCUUUGAAAGUCGAGAAAGAAAGCUCUAGUAGUGUUUCUAAAACUACAAAAGAUCGAAUCAAGGAUAAACAUAGUCGAGAUAUCCUAGCGAGCGAUAAUGAAAGUUCGACUGAUAGCUCUGAAGAAGAACCAAGGAUAGCUAAGUUAAACGAUUUUUUGAGCUCAAAUGACGAGGAUUCGGGAAGUGAUUUCGGUGAUAAACUGGAAGAUUAUGAGCAAAAACUGUUGCUGCCAAUAGAACGUGCUGGGAAAAAACUGAGAAGGAAAAAAGAAGUGAAUGAUCGCAUGGCCGAAGCAGAAUUAGAGGAUCUAGUGGCGAACAAAGAGAAAUUCGAAUUCCCAAACAGUAAUCAAGAAGCACCAACCAAUCUACAAGAAGUUCAUACGCGAAUUAAAGACGUCAUCGGAGUUCUGGUAGAUUUCUUGUUAAAUCGUGAUCCAAAUCAUUCCAGAGCGGAAUACAUAGACUUGCUAUGUAAAGAUUUGUGUGUAUAUUAUACGUAUAAUGAAUUCUUGAUGCAGCAGUUACUAAAAAUAUUUGCCCCCAAUCAGUUACUUGAGUUUUUAGAAGCCUCUGAAAUUCAACGACCUUUAACGAUUCGAACCAACAGUUUAAAAACCCGUCGCCGUGAUCUGGCUCAAGCAUUGAUUAAUCGAGGCGUUAAUUUAGACCCUCUGGGAAAAUGGUCGAAAGAAGGACUAGUGGUGUACACUUCGCAGGUACCUUUGGGUGCUACCCCAGAGUAUCUGGGUGGACAUUACAUGAUACAAGGUGCUUCCAGUAUGCUACCAGUGAUUGCACUUGCCCCAGAAGAAAACGAGCGAAUUUUGGACCUUUGUGCUGCUCCUGGUGGGAAAAGUUCACACCUUGCUGCCCUAAUGAAAAAUACAGGUGUACUUUUUUCAAACGAUUCAAACAAAGAUCGGCUCCAGGCUGUAGUCGGUAAUUUUCAUCGGUUGGGAAUUCAGAAUGCAAUAGUGACCAAUAUAGAUGGUACUAAAUACAGACAUGUUAUGACCGGUUUUGAUCGGGUUUUACUUGACGCUCCUUGCACUGGCUCGGGAGUGAUUUCCAAGGAUCAAAGCGUAAAGACGACUAAAGCUGAGGUUGACAUCCAACGGUGCUACAAUUUACAAAGAAAACUUAUACUGGCAGGUAUUGAUUGUCUCAGUGCCAGCUCGGAAACAGGCGGAUAUCUUGUGUAUUCGACAUGUUCUAUAUUACCACAGGAGAAUGAAUGGGUAAUCGAUUAUGCACUCCGGAAGCGGAACGUUAGGCUUGUGUCUACCGGAUUGGAUUUGGGUACGGAAGGGUUUGUUAAUUUUGCGGGACAGAAGUAUCAUCCAUCAAUGAAACUAACUCGUCGUUUCUAUCCGCACACAUACAAUAUGGAUGGAUUUUUUGUCGCCAAAUUGCAAAAGUUUUCCGAUCUUAUCCCUAGCAACAAUCAAGAAAGCGAGGACAAUGAAAUUGCUAUUGAUGAUCAAAAUACGAUCCAAAAUCUACCGAAAAAAAUUGAUAAGCGAGAUUGGUAUUACAAGGAUAUUAUUGAAAAACGGAAGAAAAUUCGUGAAGAUCCAAAUCACGUAUUGAAGGUAUUUGAAAAGCCAGUCAAGAAUAAAAAGAUGUUUACGGAUGUUACUUUUUUACCCGAUAAUUGUGAUGUGGUAUUUCGUGCUACUAAAAAUAAACGUCCAGAUCCUGCAAACAACAAAUUUGAAGGUAGAAAAAAGAAAAAACUACCUUCAUUGUCAGCCAGUAAGCUUAUUGAAUGUGCUGAAAACAACAAUACAGUCAAACUAAUUAACAUGAAACAUAAAACAACUAGGAAAUCAUUACCCCUCCUUGGUCCGCGAAAGGUUAAAAAAUGAUGUAUAAGAUAUUUACGUUGAAUAAAGCUUUUGACAGAGAUUAUACGAUAAGGGCUAUACAAAAA